CGAGGGGGAAGAUGAGGGAAGCUGCCAGCUCACCCUUCCAGGAUCCUAGUGUGGGGGCCGAAUCUCAUGGACCUGACCUCAGAGGUGCACCUGUGCCGCCCAGGCCUGGCUCCCCUGGCCACCUUCAAUGUGGACAUGGUCCAGACCUGGGUGACUCCCAAGGGAGUCCCCUACGUGCUCAGCUCACUUCUGCAUCAGGACUCCAGCACCAACCAGACCUGGCUCCUGGUAACCAGCCCCAGGACCAGCAGGACGGCAAGGCCCCUGUAUCAGUGUUCCCUCAUUCAGGAUGAGCUCCAUUGCCAGCCAGUAGAGAAUGUCCCCAUCCCAAAGGGGAGGUACCGUGGAGUGACUGUUGUCCGGAACCACCAUGGUGUUUUGAUCUGCAUUCAAGUGACGACCCGGUGGCCGCAGAGCCUCAGCUCAGAGCUCACAGGCAACUGCAUCCUGCUGGCCCCUGACCUCCGUCCCCGUGCCCAGGUCUACUUCUCCGACCUUGAAAAAUUACUGGACCCUGAUGCCCCUGUGGAUGCUGGAGACUGCUCCAGGAACAAAAAAGGCAGCACGGAGAACACAGCCAGGCUGCGCCGGGAAUUGAAGGUGGAGGAGAAGGAGACAGAGGACGAGGACGAGGAGGCAGCUGGCACCGAGAUCGCCAUCAUCCUGGAUGGCUCAGGAAGCAUCGAUCCCCCAGACUUCCAGAGAGCUAAAGACUUCAUCUCCAACAUGAUGAAGAACAUCUAUGAGAAGUGCUUUGAGUGCAACUUUGCCCUGGUGCAGUAUGGGGAAGUCAUCCAGACAGAGCUUGACCUUCAGGACAGCCAAGACGUUACAGCGUCCCUCGCCAGAGUCCAGAACAUCACUCAAGUGGGGAGUGUCACCAAGACUGCCUCUGCCAUGCAGCAUGUCCUAGACAACAUCUUCACACCAAGCCAUGGCUCCAGAGAAAAGGCAUCCAAGGUCAUGGUGGUGCUCACUGAUGGGGACAUAUUCGGGGACCCCCUCAACCUCACAACUGUCAUCGACUCCACAAAGAUGCAAGGUGUUGAGCGCUUUGCCAUUGGGGUGGGAGAUGCAUUUAAUAAAACUAGGGCGUACAACGAGCUGAAGCUGAUCGCCUCGGACCCCGAUGAGGACCAUGCCUUCAAGGUGACCAACUACGCAGCGCUGGAUGGGCUGCUGAGCAAACUGCAGCAGAGCAUCAUUAGCGUGGAAGGCACGGUCGGAGAUGCCCUCCACUAUCAGCUGGCACAGGUCGGGUUCAGCGCCCAGAUCCUGGACGAGGGGCAGGUGCUGCUCGGUGCUGUAGGGGCCUUCGACUGGUCGGGGGGCACGCUGUUCUACAACAUGAGCAGCCGCAAGGGCCGCUUCCUGAACCAGACGGCGGUGGAUGCCAAGGCUGUGCAGUACAGCUACCUGGGUUACUCGGUGGCGGUGCUGCACAAGGCCUGUGGCCUCUCCUAUGUGGCAGGGGCUCCACAGCACAAGCAGCAAGGGGCUGUGUUUGAGCUCCGGAAGGAGAGCAAAGAGACCAACUUUGUACCAGUGCUGGAGGGCAAGCAGAUGGGGUCCUAUUUUGGCUCUGAGCUGUGCCCUGUGGACGUCGACAUGGAUGGGACCACAGACUUGUUGCUGGUGGCCGCCCCGUUUUACCACGUGCAAGGCGAGGAGGGCAGAGUCUACAUGUACCGUGUGAAUGAGCAGGAUGGUUCCUUCUCCUUGGUACGCACGCUGAGUGGCCCCCCCAGGUUAACUUAUGCGCGAUUUGGCUUUGCCAUGGCGACAGUGGGGGAUAUCAGUCAGGAUGAGCUCACAGAUGUGGCCAUCGGGGCCCCCCUGGAAGACUUUGGGGCAGAUGAUGGUGUAGGCUUCGGCAGCGUGUACAUCUACAAUGGACGCUCUACCAACCAGCUGGUUGACCUCGCUACCAACCAGCCACAGAGGAUCAGAGCCUCAGUGGUGGCCCCAGGACUGCAGUACUUCGGCACGUCGGUGGCAGGUGGCUUAGAUUUCAGUGGCGACGGCCUUGCUGACAUCGCUGUGGGCGCUCUGGGCCGGGCGGCUGUGCUCCGCUCAAGACCUGUGGUUCGUCUGAAGCUGUCCAUGACCUUCACCCCCAAGGCACUGCCCAUUGGCUUCUACAAUAGCGUGAAUGUGAAUUUGUGUUUUGAAAUCAGCUAUGUGUCCGCAGCUGCUGAGUCAGGCCUCAAAGAGACCUCUCUGAACUUCACUUUGGACGUGGAUGUGGUGAAGCAGAGGAAAAGGCUGCAGUGUUCAGAUGAGAGGCUGUGUCAGAGCUCCCUUAGGGAGUGGGGCACGGGCCCCCGUCUCUGUGAGCCCUUCCUGCUGGUUCCCACAGAGGGAGAGCUCUGUCAGGAGGACUGCUUCUCCAACAUCAGUGUCAAGGUCAGCUACCAACUCCAGACCCCCGAGGGCCGGAGGGACCAUCCCCAGCCUAUCCUGGACUUCUAUGCUGAGCCCUCUGCCAUCUUCCAGCUGCCCUACGAGAAGGCCUGCAAGAAUAAGCUGUUCUGUGUCGCUGAGCUGCAGUUGGCCACCACCCUCUCUCAGCAGGAAUUGGUGGUGGGUCUCACAAAGGAGCUGAGCAUGAACAUUAGCCUAACUAACUCUGGGGAAGAUUCCUACAUGACAAGCAUGGCUUUGAAUUACCCCAGAAACUUGCAGUUUAAGAGGAUACAAAAGCCUCCUUCUCCAGACAUUCAGUGCGAUGACCCUAAGCCAACUGCUUCUGUCCUGGUCAUGAACUGCAAGAUCGGUCACCCCGUACUCAAGAGGUCAUCUGCAAACUUUUCAUUAGUUUGGCAGCUGGAGGAGAGUGCCUUUCCAAACAGGACAGCCGACAUCGCUGUGACAGUCACCAAUUCCAAUGAAAGAAGGUCUUUGGUCAGUAAGACCCACAGCCUUCAUUUCAAACAUGCCUUCAUUGCAGUUCUUCCCAAACCAUCAGUGACGUACAUGAACACAAGCCAGGGGCUUUCCCACCACAAGGAGUUCCUCUUCAAUAUACAUGGAGAGAACCUCUUUGGAGCCGAGUUCCAGCUGCAAAUUUGUGUUCCAGUUAAAUUACAAGGUUUCCAGGUCAUAAGAGUGAAGAACCUGACCAAGACUCAGGCUCACACUGUGUGCAGCCAGAGUCCGGAGCGCGUUUGUGGGAGCGACCUGGUUCAGCAUGUGGAAGAAUGGCAUUCAGUGAGCUGUAACGUCACCUCGGAUAAAGAAAAUGUAACCGUGGCUGCAGAGGUCUCCUUGAGUCAAUCAGAACAGUUACGAAGAGAUGUGACUGAGCUGCACAUCCUUGGUGAAAUAUCUUUCAACAAAUCUCUAUAUGAGGGGCUCAAUGCAGAGAACCAUAGAACUAAGAUCACUGUCAUCUUCCUGAAAGAUGAGGAGGCGUAUUCUCUGUCUCUCAUUAUUAAAAGCAGUGUUGGUGGCCUUCUGGUUUUGAUCGUGAUUAUAGUCAUCCUAGUCAAGUGUGGCUUUUUUAAAAGAAAAUACCAACAACUGAACUUGGAGAGAAUAAGGAAGGACCAGCUGAAAUCAGAGAGUCUACUGGAAGAAGAAAGUUAGACCAGCUUCCUCAUCCAUUGGGAGAGAGUACCAGCCAGUCCUGGAGGCUUCUAGAGACUGGGGUCCUGUGGGUUGCUUUUCCUUCAGGAUGAUCGAGAGCAGAAUCUAGCACACCGUUUUGUGGAGUGUUGUUUUUUAACCAUACAUUGUCCCCAAAGUGUCUGUGCAUUGUGCAAAAGUGAAACUUGGGAGACAUUUGGUAUUAAAUAAAACUGUUUUCUUUACAGAAGUGCCUUUAAUAUGCAAAUAUAAUAUACUUUGUGAUUCCCGCCCCCCCCCCGCCCCCCAAGAGGAGGUUAUGCAGUUAUGCAGCAUUUCCCAGCCUUAUUUGCCUAAGAGUGCUUUUUUCCUGCUGUUUCUGUUAACAUCUUCCAAAAUGGUGUUCCACGAAGUAUAUCUUGGGGAAAGUGGUACGAAAGCAGCUCCUAGUUUGGCAUUUUCAGACCCUAAGAUGUGGCCUAUUAUUUCAAACGAGGCCACAGAAAAGCACCCCAGAACAAAUGUAAAAAGUGGAAAAACGGAGGUCACCAAAACAGGAGCAAGGUGGGAGAGGAGAAGACCAGGACUUUGUUUUGUAGUGUCUACUUAACAUCCUGUGCUGGUCCUCGCCUGGCUUCCUCCUGAGUGAAUUGCUCAGGGGACCAUCGUGCCUCCGUGAGAGAGCGCUCGCUCUUCCGCAGGAGGAGGUGGAACCAAGAGUAGGGCCUAGUUACAGGCUGGCUUUGCUCUUAGUAUCUGAUUUUAUUUCAUUUGUAUGCUCCAUGCUGUUAAAACUUGGCCAUAUCUCCCUACUCCCAAACCUGCAGUGGAACAGUCUUUGUUUUCAUGGGUAAUAAAAGUCAUUGCAAGUAAUUAAACGGUGCAGAAGUAUAUAAUGUAGAAAGUAAUCUCUUGGUCUUCUUUAUCUAAUUCAGGUGCUUUCAUUGUUAUUUCUUCUAAAUUUUGAUUUUUUUCUAAAAUUUAUGUAGGUAUAAGGUGUGAAUUAGGGAAUUUAACCUGAGUUUUUUUUUCCCGGAUGCAAAGCUGAUUUUCUUUUUUAUUUUAUUUUCUUUCUUUAUUUUUUUUGGCUGCGUUGGGUCUUCGUUGCUGUGCGCAGGCUUUGUCUAGUUGUGGCGAGCAGGGGCUAAUCCUAGUUGUGGUGCAUGGGCCUCUCAUUGCAGUGGCCUCUCUUAUUGCAGAGCCCGGGCUCUAGGCGCACGGGCCUCAGCAGUUGUGGCACGCAGGCUCAGUAGUUCUGGCUCGUGGGCUCUAGAGCGCAGGCUCAGUAGUUGUGGUGUACGGACUUAGUUGCUCCGCGGCGUGUGGGAUCUUCCCAGACCAGGGUUCGAACUCGUGUUCCCUGCAUUGGCAGGCGGAUUCUUAACCACUGUGCCACCAGGGAAGUCCCAGUUUCUGUUUUCUUGAUGACCUAAAGUCUAACUAUAUUAUUAUUUCCAGAUGAAUAACAGUUUAUCAUUUAUUCAAAUAUAUAUUAGAAUAUAUAUACUAGUGUGUAUACACACACAGACACAGACACACACACACACACACACACACACAGACACACACACACACACACACACACGUGGAAAUCUAGUUUUGUUUCAUUGAUCUGUUUGUUCCUGUGCCAGUACCACAGUGGAAGGAACCACACUUUUUAGCAUUAUGCAAAUAAAAAGUUCAGAACGGCAGAAAGGGAUCUAAAAGAUGAAAAGGCAGUCUCCCUCUCCUCUCCCACCUCUAAUGUCUCUUUCCAAAAGCAACCACUGUUAAUGGUUUUUCACAUAUUCCUUCAAAAUAUUCCUACGCAUAUACCAGUGUAAACGUUUUCAGUGAGAUUGGUUUGCAGUGUUCCACCCCUUGCUGUUUCAUCUGAUAGACCUUAGGAAAGUCUUCCACUAGCAGCACCUGCAGAUCUACCCCGUUCUUUUUAACAGCUCCAUAGUAUACUGUGUUACAUGCGGAUGUGUUGGAGUUUACUUGUGAAGUCCCCACAGGUAGAUAUUUAGGUUAUUUCCAUUUCUUUUUUUAUUACAAAGAAAAGGCGUGACGAACAUCUUUAAACAGGUAUCCUGGCAUGCUUUUCAAGUAUAGUGGUGGGUAAGUUCUCAGCACAAUUACUGACUCAAAGGUUAUGUGCAUUUAAAGUUUCGAUAUAUGGGACAUCCCUGGUGGUCCAGUCGUUAAGACUCUGCGCUUCCAGUGCAGGGAGCUUAGGUUCGAUCCCUGGUCAGGGAACUAAGAUCACACGUGCCACGUGGUGCAGCUUCUAGAAACAAAAUUAAAUUAAAUUAAAUUAAAAAUUUUUUAAAACAUAAAAAGUUUCAACGUAUGAUGUGACUUGACCUGCAAAAAAGUUUACCAGUUUUCAGUCCCACUUAGAAUAUAUGUAAGUGCCACUCUGUGCCCUUGCCAUCACUGGGCAUCAUCAAAUUUUAACUUUUGCUAAUCUGAUCAGUGUGGAAAUGGUAUUCUGUUUUUGAUAUCAGCCUUCUUUUUAACCUUGCAGUAAAUUUUGAUUAUAGGGCAUUUUCAUUCUUAUUUUUUUUUUAAUUAUUGAUUGUGUUUUUUCAGGUAAUUCAUAGUAUCAGUUUUUCAGAAUCCCAAAAGAAACCUUUUGGGGUUUUAAUUUAAAUGUACAGAUUAAAUUGGGGAGAAUCAUUAUCUUUAUAGUAUUAUCUUCUUACUUAGAAAUAUGGCAUUUCUGGCCUCUCGCCUUCUGAGAUGGCCCACACUCUGUGGAGUGUGUUUCUCUCUAAAUAAAUCCACUUCUUUCCUAUCAAAAAAAGAAAAAGAAAAAAAAGAAAGAAGUAUGGCAUUUCUCCACUUGCUGAGAUUUUUUUAAAACACCCUGCAACGAGAUUUGUAAUUUUCUUCAGAGAGGUCUUAAUUUACAAAGAUUUUAAUUUCCAGCUGUAUUAUAUUUUGUAUUUACAUUUUUAUAUUUUUUACUGCUACUCUGAAAAAUACCUUUUUUCCCCCUGACUGAUUAUAUAGAGUUUGUGUUUAAUUGGUUGUUUUGAAUAUUUAUCUUAUCUG